UUCAAAAUGAUAAAGAGGGCUUUCAUGUCCUUGUGCUGCACACAGCCUGCUUCUCAAGUAGAUAUCACUAUUGGGGAUAUUAUGCCUCCUCAAAAGAUCCGGACAUCGAAGAACCGAAGGAAGGAAGUCCCUGUACUUGAUAUCACUGCACAAUUUACCUAUGGAUUUAUCAAAAAGCCUGAUUUUCUGUAUCUAGUUCGGACCAAUACGAAAGAGUUUCCCAGACAAUCGAGAAAUUUGGAUAGAGAAUUGAUAUUCAAACUUGGAAACUCAUCGUUCGCGGAAAAUGUCGGAAAAGUGUAUAUCCCCCUCUUCAUCGAUCCUGGGGAAUAUAAAGUUUACUAUUGAAGGCACAUUAAGCAAAAAUAGCCUGAAAAGGUCACGCUCACAGCCUGUAAAUGACAUUGAAGUACUUGGUAUUUCCAUGCCGUUUACUCUCAACAAGACUAACAACGAAUCUAACCUCUCUAUUUCCUAUUGUUCAGAGAAUGAGAACAUUCAUGCUCCAGAGUUUAAUGAGUCUGAUGAGACGAAGCUGCAGCAUCACCUGACUAUGAACCAGAGUAAUGGAAUAUCUAGCCAUAAAUGUUUCUCUCCAUUCUCUUCGUUCCAAAAGAAGACCAUCGAGACUAUCCCUUAUGACUCUGUAAAGGGUGAGUUGAUACAUAAUACUAUAAACGAUACUCUGAAAACCUCGAACGCAGACUCCUUAUCGCUGUCUAAAAGUAAUGAGAAAAGAAGGGAAAUAAAUCUCUGGAGAAACAUUCAAGAAGGAAGUUUAGAUAAUAGAAGAGAGAAUAAAGAAAACAUCCCUGUAAAACUCAAGCCUCAAGCUAAGACUCCUAUAGGCGGGAAGUUAACGAAUUACCAGCUAGAGCAUCUCAAAAGAGUUAAUGAGUCUCGUGAUAUGAAAACCAAUCAGAACUUGAACACUCCUGAAAUGAAACUUGCUCAGCAAUAUCCUAAAUCUUCAAAUAUCUUUACUGAAGAGACCAGUGCGUUCGUCUAUCCCUUGGAAAAGACAAGCAUCUUGAGUUCCUCUUCUGGUGAACCUAGAGUGGAGAUAAUCAACAACAUUCAGAGCUUGUUGCCUAAUUCUGACUCUGAGAAUCUGAUAAGAAGGGAUUUGAACUCUCACUCGAUCACAACACCUUACACAAACACUUUCUUCAAAUGUUCGAUUUACUCACCAUCGAACAGACUUUACACUGUAGAUGAGGUGAACUCUAGGAUCUCAGAGCACGAACUAUCUUCUCAGUUCAAGUUCUCUACGAAGAAUCAAGACUCGAUCAACAUGACGAGUUCGUUCAUAAUUCCUUGAACGCCCACUCCUAAGGUAGGCAAGGUCAUGGACACUAAGAACAUCAGGACCAAGACUGAGAAAUACGAGCAGAAAAAUCUCAGGAUUUUGGGUGAGAAACAACCUGCCAGUGCUAAGUUCCUCUUUAAGACUAUGUCCUCGGGCAGUAGCGGAGGUGACUUUGGGUCUCCAACAGUGCCUCUGGGUGCAGUCAUGUUCCCAUCAGGCCAAGGUCUCCAGUCUAGUAAGACUCUUAGCUACCAGAUGCCUAAGACCAAGGUCGUUAGUGGGAAGGUCAUUAAUUUGACACCUGAAAAGCCUAAGCUGACUCCGAAGAAGAAGCCUGGAGCGACUAGGAACAUUUCAAGAGGAAACAUCAAAAACAUGCUUGAUGAAAGGAGGCCUGGGCUAAGUAGUCUAUGAAGCCCUCCACAUAAAGAAAGGGUUACUUUUAACCCGAUUGAUAGGGUUGCAUCUCCAAACACGCCUAGUGUAAGCAAGAAUACCCCUCCAACUUCGCUGAGAAAGAGGACUAUUAGCACUGCUUCGAAUUGCACACCUUACAGCAAAACUCAGGUUCCAAAGCAAUCAAUUAUUGCUAAAUCAAAGGCCUCUUCCAGCACAAUUGAAUCUCCAAACUUAGGUUGAUUCAGCAGAAGCAGGAACUCGCCUCAGCCUAAGACAGAACAGAUUGAGGCAUGGGUGAAUAUUGAUAGAAGAACCGUCAUCUUUGAGCAAAAGACAGAGCUAGGGAAAAAUAUAUCUCAACCAAUCCAUCAAAUCUCCUGGUACAACCACACCAGCGUUGAGGACAUAGGCAACGCUAUUGAUGAGGUUGUAGAGAUCAUGCAGGAGAUGCAGCAUUAG